AUGACACCAGACUUGGUCAUCAAGAAGAACGGGGAUCGUGAGAAGACUGUCAUCCUCGAUGUCUACGUUGGGUCACAGCCGGCGGACGUUAAGAGCAAGUACGAGACGUUGGCUUUCUUCUCGACCCUGUGCGUGGUGACUCCGCACAACUUUCAGCGGCAGCUCCAAGCAGUCUUGCCAGAGUCGGACAUCGACUACCUGUACAAGAAUUUUCAAAUCUUCAUGACCGAGUACAGCUAUUGGCGGGCAUGCAUCAAGCUUCGCACGGUCCUCCUUAACGACGUCGAGUAUGUCCCUCUUCGAGAGUUCCAGUUGGCGCCUGCCGACUUGGCCGAGCAAGAUGUUGCCAAACGACAGUUCAAGACUAACCUUGCUCAGUAUGCAGACAGCGUGGCGAACCAGGCGGACAUCUGA